AUGCUACAAUUUGACAUACCAACCUGGAAGGAGAAUUAUCACAGGGAAAAUUACCCCGACUACCACUCUGCCCUGUCAAGAAGGCCCCCCGACGGGAGGCAUAGUAGUAGCAAGCACAUAAAACCGCGCAUAUUAUCGAGCAUAUUAUCGUGCUCAUGCCCAUGUAAUUACUGUACAUACGUACAUUUUCGUGUAGCCCCUCCCUAUGAGCACACUAUGAUGCAGGCGGAAUACUAUCCGAAACAAAACAUAGUGUCCCUGAACAUCGAAUUUAGCAGCUGGGCCAAGGCGUUCCUGACCGACUUACGAACAUCAAAGAAUCUCCUCAGUUGCACCAAGGCGUCUAUCAUAAUUAAGAAAAAAAAGGAAAUUCGAAAUUUCUAUUUAUAUAAAAUUAAGCUGAGGCUACUAUAUGACAAUUCCUCCAAACGUCCUGGCGUUUCAGUUGAGGGAGAAAAGUUGAAGCAAAAGAAUUCACCCUUGGAUGAUUUCACAGACGGAAAUAACACCCCAUCUGACUCCCCCCUGCCACGUAGGAAGAGCAGCCUGUACAAUGCAUACACUAAUGUAGAGGGAGGAAAUAAAAGGAGUGUAAUUUAUAAUGAAGAGAAGGAGGUCAAAGCGAGUAGUGGAAAGGCAACAAGUUCUGCGAGAAAUGAUGGAAAGUGUCUGGUGAAUGGAGUUGAAUGGGAAGGCUUCAAUGGGAGAACACACUCCCCUCUGUAUACGAAACAGGAGGAUGAAGCUAAAAGUGGGACGGAGUACACACCGAUGAAUGUAGGACACCGAAGGGGAUACCACUCCAGUGAGAUAAAUAAUCAUACAAUGGAAAAUAUACAACAAAGGAGCGAAAAAAACUUUAGAGACAACCAUUUCGAUACAGACCACCUGUUGAGAAAAAAAAACAUUUUUUCGAAAGACUUUCCCAUCUUUGAAAGGGCCCAUUUGGCCAAGUAUCUAUUUUUGCCCUCCGCCUUGCCAGUACAAAGUGCCAAGAUCAAAUCCAUCCACUUUGUGCUAAAUGAAAGGCUGAACAUAUGCAUCCUCCUAGACCUAAUCAUAGGCAGAAAAAAAAACAACAUUGUCCAGUCCAGCAUAAAUAAAGAAUUACACGACAUGCUAAGGAUGCAGAAAAGUACCCUUCAGUGUAAAUCAUGCAAUGAAGACGUUAUCAUAUGUGGAGAUGUUAAUUUUAUUUUGCCAAACCUGUACUUAAAAACGGCAGAUUUUUUGGAGCACGCGUUUUGCGAAGAAUGUACCACCUUCUCCUUUGAUGGGUUAAAAAAUGUUGACCGAAAUAUUUUCCUCUUCCCCAAUUGUUUGUUUUUUCAUUUUAGCUUAGUAAAAGAGAGUCACCUAGCUGUUAAAGCAAAUUCUUUGGAUCAUUUUCGCUGUUUAAUUUUUUGUAAUUUUUGCUACAAUACCCUUGGAUAUUUAGAAAAUCAAAGAAAUCACACGUAUUCCUGCCACAAAAAUAAGAACAUGAGUGAUAAGCUUCAAGAUGUUUUUCUUGGUUCACUUCACGAGGUGCACCGAGGGAUGUACACACAACUGGACAAUACCACUAUGUUGAUGCGCCCUGGGGAUCUUCCAUAUAUACAAAGCAAAGCAGAUAGAGCAAAUUUGAUCCAUCAUUUGGACGUUGCCCCAAUGGAGAAAAAGCAGGCCGUGGAGGAAACGAACGAUGUACUCCUUUCAGAGGAAAAUUUCCAUGGGGAGAGAAAGCACACGGAGAAGAAGGACACCCCGAAGAACAGUAACGAAGGUCUCAGAUUAGACCACAGUGGAGGAAAUCUCAACCCAUGCGGGGAGAUAACGCCCAAGCUGUACCUCCUUAAGCACAAAAUAAAAAUGACAUUAAAUGGGGGAAAUAUCUUCAAAAAUUACAAUCAUGUACUUUUUCUAAAUGAAUAUAUGCACUAUAAAUGUGAAAAAAAAAACACAACACUUUUUUAUUUAAGGAGUAACCAAAAAAGGAAAAUAAUCGAAGUGAGGAUAUUCAUAAGGACACUUUAUAUUUCUAAAAUUUUGGACAAGGUAAAAGAUCUUUCCAAUUUUUUAGGUGUCCAGAAAGUGAUGAAAAUAUUCUUUUGCAUAAAAGAGGAAUCCAAAUUGAAGCUUCCUAAUUCGGAAACUAUUGAACUUUCGAGGGAACUAUACGAGGAUAUUUUAAAAAUGCUGGUCGCGUAUUCCUUUAGAGGUUGUGCCCCCGGAGCAAAGCUGUGCUCAUAUCUGCACCUGGUCCAUUAG